CUCAGCGUUCGUUCUUUCUUUUCCGGUUGAGUCUCAAUACGUGUGGAAGAACCUCUGAACCAAAAUGGCUAAGUCGAAGAACCACACCACCCACAACCAAUCACGCAAAGCUCACAGAAAUGGAAUCAAGAAACCAAGGUCAAACCGCUACGAGUCUUUGAAGGGGGUUGACCCGAAAUUCUUGAGGAACAUGCGUUUUGCCAAGAAGCACAACAAGAAAGGGAUGAAGAAAGCUUUGGCAGCAAAGGAGGCUCCUAAAUAAACAGUGGGCAGUGUCACAGAAGAACCAGCUCUGUCACUGUGUUGCAUAUGGACUUAAACAUCUGACACAAGUUUUGUACUUGAAUAAAGCCAUGGCCUGUUGAAUGGAA